CCCUUGUUUUCCAUGUCCUAUAAUUCAGUACCACAAAAAACCACAGAAGCAAAAAAUAAAAACGAAGUUGGGGCUUUUCUCCAUCGCAGCUUCUUCUUCCUCCCAUAGUUCGCAGCUUUUCUUCACUCUCUUAAAUUCCAGGGAUUCGAAUCUGGAGUAAGCGGAACUGGAACUUUGUUUCUGAAGUGCUGGUUUGGCGAAUUAACUUUUGACGUAAGACUAGGAGUUGUGGGUUAUAGGUUCUGAUGGCUAGACGGCACAGUAGUGAAUCGAGUGAUGAUGAUGUGAGGGGUGGAAGAGAUAAGCACCGUCAGCAUAGAAGUAAAAGCGAGUCGAGGUCAAACAAUCAUCUUGAGCAGGGUGAGAUUGAUUCCUCAGAAUCUGAUAGAGAUAAUAGAACAAAGAGACAAGGGAGACAGGAUGAUGAGAAGGAAAGGGAAAGGUCCAGUGAGAGGAUUCCCAGUGAUAGACAUGGAAGGUGGCGGGGUGAUCGUCAAGAUAGGGAUCGACACACUUCUGAUGAAGACGGUGAGGUGGCAGAGAAAGACAGGGAUGGGCAAGAAAGGGAAAGGAAAAAUGAAAAUGGGAACAGACAACGUGAAAGGGAUCCCAGUGAUAGAUAUGGAAGGUGGCGGGGUGAUCAUCAAGAUAGGGAUGUACAAACUUCUGAUGAAGAUGGUGAGCUGGCCGAGAAAGACAGGGGUGGGCAAGAAAGGGAAAGGAAAAAUGAAAAUGGGAACAGACAACGUGAAAAUGGGAAUGGUGAUAGGGGGAGAGAAAAUAGAAGUUCUGAAGAUGAUGAGCGACUGAAGAGAUACCGACAUGAGAGUGGACAUAGAAGGCGGGAGGACGAGGAUGGUCGUAGAAACAGGGACAGGCAUUCACGUCACUACUCUGAGCGCAGGGAUGAAAGGGAAGAGCGCAGAACUUCAGAACGGAAAAGGGAUAGUAGAGAUGAUGGUAGGCAAAGUAGGCAUAGAAACCGGGAUGACGAUGGUGAGAUAAAGAAUCGCAGAAAUAAGGAGGUGAAUGAAAGACGAGAAGACACUGAGCGAGAUGAUAGGAUGCUUGAGAAUUCAAAACCUCAAGGACGGUCAACAUUGCAGGAGGGAAAUCUGAAUAAUAAUGUGGCAAAUUUGGGAAAGAGUGGUGGGGUUUAUAUUCCGCCCUAUAAGUUGGCCCGAAUGAUGAAAGAGGUCGAAGAUAAAAGUAGCGUCGAGUAUCAACGCUUGACAUGGGAUGCCCUCCGAAAGAGUAUCAAUGGGCUUGUGAACAAGGUCAAUGCUGCAAACAUUAAAAAUAUAAUUCCAGAAAUUUUUGCAGAGAAUCUCAUUCGUGGAAGAGGUCUCUUUUGUCGAUCCUGUAUGAAGUCACAGAUGGCAUCUCCAGGAUUUACAGACGUCUUUGCUGGCUUGGUUGCUGUUGUUAACACCAAGUUUCCUGAGGUUGGUGAACUUCUGUUGGGAAGAAUCGUCUUGCAGCUUAAGAGAGCAUUUAAGCGGAACGACAAGCCACAAUUACUAGCUGCUGUCAAAUUUAUCGCGCAUCUCGUCAACCAACAAGUGGCUCAUGAGAUUAUAGCAUUGGAAUUGCUUACUGUGCUGCUGGAGAACCCUACCGAUGACAGUGUUGAAGUUGCUGUUGGCUUUGUCACAGAGUGUGGAUCGAUACUGCAAGACCUUUCACCUAAAGGGCUCCAUGGCAUCUUUGAGCGCUUCCGUGGAAUUCUUCAUGAAGGAGAAAUUGACAAACGAGUUCAGUUUUUGAUCGAAGGCUUAUUUGCAUUACGAAAAGCAAAAUUUCAGGGGCACCCAGCUGUUCGUCCAGAACUGGACCUUGUUGAGCAAGAAGACCAGUUAACUCAUGAGAUUUCUCUUCAAGAGGAGAUAAAUCCAGAAAUUACCCUUGAUAUUUUCAAGCCUGAUCCUGAUUUCAUUGAGAAUGAGAAGCGCUAUGAAGAUGUGAAGAAAACAAUUCUUGGUGAAGACUCUGAAGAGGAAGGUUCUGAUGCAGCUUCAGAUGGUGAGGAUGAUGAUGAUGAGGAGGAGGACGAAGAUGAUGAUGAUGAGGAGGACGAGCAGGAAAUGAAAAUAAGAGAUGAGACGGAGACAAAUCUUGUGAAUCUUCGAAGGACAAUAUAUCUGACUAUCAUGUCCAGUGUAGAUUUUGAGGAAGCAGGUCAUAAGCUCCUUAAGAUUAAGCUUGAGCCAGGCCAAGAGAUGGAGCUAUGUGUCAUGCUUUUGGAAUGUUGCAGUCAGGAGAGAACCUACCUCCGCUAUUAUGGUCUCUUGGGACAGCGGUUCUGCAUGAUCAACAGAAUCCACCAGGAAAAUUUUGAGAAAUGUUUUGUCCAGCAGUAUUCAAUGAUUCACCGGCUUGAAACAAACAAGCUACGUAAUGUAGCUAAGUUUUUUGCGCAUUUACUCGGAACAGAUGCCCUUCCGUGGCAUUGCUUAGCCUAUAUACGGUUAACUGAAGAGGACACCACUUCUUCUUCUCGUAUUUUUAUCAAGAUCCUUUUCCAGGAAUUGUCAGAGCAUCUUGGUAUCCGUCUGCUUAAUGAGCGGUUGACUGAUCCUGCAAUGCAAGACUCUUACGAAUCUAUUUUCCCAAGGGAUAAUCCCAAGAACACCCGAUUUGCUAUUAACUUUUUCACAUCCAUUGGGCUUGGCGGCAUCACUGAGAACCUGCGUGAGUAUUUGAAGCACAUGCCACGCCUUAUUAUGCAACAACAAAAAGCAGCAUCAGAUGAAGAAUCCGACAGUUCUGGUUCAUCGGAUUCGGACUCAGGGUCGGCUAGUUCUGAGUCAGAAUCAGAAUCAGAAUCAUCAAGCUCUGAAAGUGAAAGUGAUCGCGAUGAAAGACGCAAGAAGAAACGUAGGAGGAGAAAUUAAUUUCUCUACUGCCGUUAUCUCAAUGUUCCUUGAAUUUCACAAAUUGUAAUAUACUGCCUGGAUUUGGUAUGGUGUGAAUUUUGGUUAUUAUCAAAGUGUAGGGAGAACAAAAAGGGUGCAUCUGUUCAAGUUUAUGCAGAUUUUGUAUUUUGUUUUCUGUACUGUAUGUAGUACAUACUAUUGAAGCCAUUUCUUCCAAUUUUGAUACUCUA